ACAUGGAUAUCAACAGGGUUAGCAAUUGAAGAGGCUCAGAUUGCAUUGCUCAUCGAGGUCCGAAGGAUCGGAAGAAGAUCCACCGAGACACAGAGAUUAGACAUUGCCCGUCAAAGAGAUCGGCUCCAAGGCCAGAUAGAUGGAUUUGCUCGGUCUGCUCUAACACAUCUCGGGGAGGGAUUUGAUGCAGAUGAUGAACCUGAAGACUUGGACGUAGACAUUCUAGAUGAUCUCGAUGAUGACCCGGCGGAUUUCAUAGAGACAUCUCACACAUGGACAAACUCUCCCGAGCUAACUGUAAUCCCAUUGCCAUCAAACCUGGGGGUUGAUAGAUGCAGACGAUGCAUGGCAGAGGAUCUGAUUCCCCUGGAGAUGUCGCUUCGUGAAGGGCAGGCCAAUGAUGCCCUUCACAAUCUCCGCAUUUACCUUUGCAACAAGGCCAUCCUGUUCCGAACAACCGUUAGGCAGGCCAAUUCCCAGGCCCUGAAAACUCGAGCUUGGUCCCAGGUGACAUCGGUGCAGCAGGCAGUCUCCCUCCAUGCCAGCAUAUAUACAAAGACAAGGAAGCAAAUGAUGAGACUUGAGCCGGGGCAAGACCAGCUUCAGAAAUACAAACCCCUGCUUCGCGAGCAACUCAAAAUCAGCACUGCAGUGGGCGACCCAAAUGCCUGA